GCUUGCUCAGAGCUGGGCCAAAUCAGCACUUACCUAAUCCCCUGAGGGCCCAAAACGAGCCCCUCUGUCCUUCUUCCUCUCCCCGUUCUCCUGGCGACCUCACGGCAGCGAACAGGGUAGCCGACGCGAGACAUCGGCAUGGCGUCGCGAUUCCUAGCCCGAUCCAAAACCCUAGCUCUCGCCCUCUCCCGCGCGGAUGCGGCGCCGGCGCCCCUGCCUGGAUCCCGCGCGCUCUCCUCCCUCCCGCGCUUCCCCGCCGCUGCCGCCCCGUCCCCGGCGAUUGGAUCCCCUCCUGGCCUCGGCAAGGUUCUUGGACAUGAGCCAACAUCACACCUGAGCGGCACACAAUUUUUACCUUGUUGGUUUUCUACUGUAGCAUCCAAUGGAUCUCCCAUGCAGAAUACACAGGUCUCAGAGACAUGCAAGUCAGUUGCUGGAAUGGGACACUCUGAUGCACUAAAAGCGACUGAAGGAGCCUCCCCUAAAGUCGCGGCAUUCAGCCCACUAGAAGCAGCUAUUGCUAAACCUAGAAGCAGUCCAUUGACAAGUGAAAGUUCUAAAGUUAGGCGAUCAGAGAUAUUAACAGGAGUAACCUUUUACAUGAUCCCAGCUCUGCUUCUUUCCUCAAGGAACAGCAUCAGUACAUCUCUUAUGGUCGCGGCGGUAUACCAUCAAAUCUACAUGUUCCACAAGGAGAUCUUUCUGGAUUAUGUGCACCACGACAUUACCAGGAAGUGGGCUUUGAUAUACUUCAAGCUGCUUCUGCUGGUCAUGGCAAAGGACACCAUCGUGUACUUCGGUUUGGUCUGAGUUCACCAUGUUAGUUUGUCAAAGGACGGGCUAUGCACUCAUUUGUACGCCGAGAAAAAUAAUGAGCAUCGGCACAUGCUGGGGCGCUGGUGGUUCUUGUUUCCCGCAUGAACUUCUUGGUUUCCAACCUUUUCCCCUCCCAACGUUGCUCAUCUUGUUUUUGUCUAUGCAUUCGAAAGGGUUUGUUUAGUGGCCCUAUCAGAUAACAAGUUUCUGCAAACCAUGAUAUUAGAGCGGGUGACUGCAUUCAUGUUUGUAAUAAUUAGCAAGUAUGUGAACUCUGCAACUCGUAUUUGGUAUGUUUCCUAGCACAGCGUAGUCGCACAUAUUUUUGCAUGAAAGAAGUGUGAAUUCUCAUCA